GGGGUUGCGGCUGGCCCGGUGAGGAAGCGGAGCCAGGCGGCGCCUGGCAAGGAGGCGAGAAGCAGCAAGCGGGGAAGGCAGCGCGGCGGCGGCGAACAGAGCGGGUGGCGGCCACAGUUCUGCUUUUUUGAACCCAGGACAUCAAGCUGGGUGUGUGAAGGGUGGCCAGGAUUGGACCAAAUGCUCUAGAGGAGGACAGUGGCCUUGAAGGUAGCUGAUCCCAGCUCGCCUCCUGCAGUAUCAGCCUUUGUUUAUCUAUUGGCCAACUGCUGCCAAAGUUCGGGACUCUUGUCAGGUCCUUCCGUGUCUGGGAUUCUGCCUGCAGUCUGGAGAGAGAGACACACACAGAGGGCUGAAGUAUCUUUCGGAUUUUCCGUUGAGAGACCCACGUGGGCUGCUUCUUGUUUUUCAAGGCAUCGUAGGGUACGUAGGAUUUGCAGUUUCUUGCUUUGAAGGAAGGGGUCUUGAGAACAUGUUGCAGCUGCGUUUUGCCAAGGGAGGGGUGGCCUUCUUGGCCCUCAAGCGGCUCUCGCUAUGCCCUGCUGCUUUCCACAGCACCCAGCGCGUGGAAUACAAGCCCAUUAAGAAGGUGAUGGUGGCCAACAGAGGGGAGAUUGCGAUCCGGGUGUUCCGAGCAUGCACUGAGCUAGGCAUCCGGACGGUGGCUGUGUAUUCGGAGCAGGACACAGGGCAGAUGCACCGACAGAAAGCGGAUGAAGCUUACCUCAUUGGCCGGGGGCUUCCCCCUGUCCAGGCCUACCUGCACAUUCCGGACAUCAUUCAAGUUGCCAAGGAGAACGAAGUGGAUGCUGUCCACCCUGGCUACGGCUUCCUCUCUGAGCGAUCUGACUUCGCCCAGGCCUGCAUUGAGGCUGGCGUGCGUUUCAUUGGGCCCUCUCCUGAAGUGGUGCAGAAGAUGGGCGACAAGGUAGAGGCCCGCGCCAUCGCCAUCUCCGCAGGGGUGCCUGUGGUUCCUGGGACAGACGCCCCCAUUUCCUCGCUCAGCGAGGCUCAGGAGUUCUCCAAGACUUACGGGUUCCCCAUCAUCUUCAAAGCUGCCUACGGCGGAGGAGGGCGGGGCAUGAGAGUCGUGCGCAGCUAUGAGGAGCUGGAGGAAAACUACACCCGGGCUUUUUCGGAGGCUCUGUCCGCAUUUGGGAAUGGGGCUCUGUUUGUGGAGAAGUUUGUGGAGAAGCCAAGACACAUUGAAGUCCAGAUUUUGGGUGACAAAUAUGGGAACGUAGUGCACCUGUACGAGAGAGACUGCUCCAUCCAGAGGCGGCACCAGAAAGUUGUGGAGAUUGCACCUGCCGCCCACCUCGACUCCCAGCUGCGCUCCAAACUCACCAACGAUGCCGUCAAGCUGGCAAAGCAGGUGGGAUAUGAGAAUGCUGGCACGGUGGAGUUUCUGGUGGACAAGCAAGGCAAGCAUUACUUCAUUGAGGUCAACUCCCGGCUUCAAGUGGAGCACACAGUGACUGAAGAAAUCACAGAUGUGGACCUCGUCCAUGCCCAAAUCCACAUCUCUGAGGGGAAGAGCCUUCCUGACCUGGGCCUCAAACAGGACAACGUGCGGAUCAAUGGAUGUGCCAUCCAGUGCCGAGUGACGACUGAGGACCCUUCCCGUGGGUUCCAGCCUGACACUGGCCGAAUUGAGGUUUUCCGGAGUGGCGAGGGCAUGGGGAUCCGACUGGACAGUGCCUCUGCCUUUCAGGGGGCCAUCAUCUCGCCACACUACGACUCCCUCCUGGUGAAAGUCAUUGCUCACGGCAAAGACCACACCACGGCAGCUUCCAAGAUGAGCCGCGCCCUGGCUGAGUUCCGGAUCCGCGGGGUCAAGACCAACAUCCCUUUCCUACAGAAUGUGCUUGGCAAUGACCAGUUUCUCCGUGGCACCGUGGACACCCAGUUCAUCGAUGAGAACCCUGACCUUUUCAAUUUGCGACCUGGCCAGAAUCGAGCCCAGAAACUGCUCCACUACCUGGGCCAUGUCAUGGUGAACGGACCCAUCACACCCAUCCCAGUGAACGCCAGGCCUUCGCCCAUUGACCCAGUUAUCCCUUCUGUUCCUCUGGGUCAGCCGCCCACCGGUUUCCGAGACGUCCUUCUCCGCGAGGGCCCUUCCGGGUUUGCCAAGGCCAUUCGCCAGCACCGGGGCUUGCUCCUGAUGGACACCACCUUCAGGGAUGCUCACCAGUCGCUUCUGGCCACCCGAGUCCGCACCCACGACCUGAAGAAGAUCUCACCCUUUGUGGCGCACAACUUCAACAACCUCUUUAGCAUGGAGAACUGGGGAGGCGCCACCUUUGAUGUGGCCAUGCGCUUCCUCUACGAAUGCCCCUGGCGCCGCCUCCAAGAGUUGCGCGAGCUCAUCCCCAACAUCCCCUUCCAGAUGCUGCUGAGAGGGGCCAACGCUGUGGGCUACACCAACUAUCCAGACAACUCUGUCUUCAAGUUCUGCCAAGUGGCCAAGGAGAACGGGAUGGACAUUUUCCGGGUCUUUGACUCCCUCAAUUACCUGCCCAACAUGCUGCUGGGGAUGGAGGCGGCUGGGCAGGCAGGAGGCGUGGUGGAGGCCGCCAUCUCCUACACGGGGGAUGUGGCUGACCCUAGCCGGACCAAGUACAACCUGGACUACUACGUCAACCUGGCCGAGGAGCUGGUCAAAGCUGGCACCCACAUCUUGGCCAUCAAGGACAUGGCCGGCGUCCUGAAGCCACAGGCCUCCUCCAUGCUGGUGUCGGCGCUGCGCGAACACUUCCCCAACAUCCCGCUGCACAUCCACACACACGACACUUCGGGUGCCGGGGUGGCCUCCAUGCUGGCUUGCGCCGCUGCAGGGGCCGACAUUGUGGACGUUGCCGUGGACGCCAUGUCUGGGAUGACCUCCCAGCCGAGCAUGGGCGCCAUGGUGGCCUGCACCCGCGGGACUGAGCACGACACAGGCAUCCAGAUAGAGAAAGUGUUUGACUACAGUGAAUACUGGGAGAUGGCGCGGGGCCUCUAUGCCUCCUUUGACUGCACGGCCACCAUGAAGUCCGGCAACGCGGAUGUGUACGAGAACGAGAUCCCCGGAGGCCAGUACACCAACCUCCACUUCCAGGCCCACAGCAUGGGGCUGGGGAACAAGUUCAAGCAGGUGAAGAAGGCCUACGUCGAGGCCAACAAGCUCCUCGGGGACCUUAUCAAGGUGACGCCCUCCUCCAAGAUUGUGGGCGACCUGGCGCAGUUCAUGGUCCAGAACAACCUGACGCGGGAGGAAGUGGAGGCUCAGGCGGACGAGCUCUCCUUCCCGCUCUCAGUGGUGGAGUUUCUGCAGGGCUACAUUGGCAUCCCCUAUGGGGGGUUCCCAGAGCCCUUCCGCUCCAAGGUAUUAAAAGACCUGCCCCGCGUCGAGGGCCGCCCAGGAGCCUCACUUCCCCCCAUGGACUUUGUGAAGUUGGAGAAGGAGCUGUGCGAACAGCACGAAGAAGAGAUCACCCCUGAGGACGUUCUCUCAGCUGCUAUGUACCCCAAAGUCUUCAACGAGUUCAAGGAUUUCACAGCCAACUUUGGCCCCGUCGAAUGCCUCAACACCCGCCUCUUCCUGGAGGGGCCGAAGAUCGCGGAAGAGUUUGAGGUGGAGCUGGAACGUGGCAAGACCCUCCACAUCAAAGCCUUAGCGCUGGGAGACUUAAACCGGGCUGGCCAGAGGGAGGUCUUCUUUGAAAUGAAUGGGCAACUGCGCUCCAUCCUGGUCAAGGACACAAAAGCCAUGAAGGAAAUGCAUUUCCACCCCAAAGCCCUGAAGGACGUCAAAGGCCAGAUUGGGGCCCCCAUGCCCGGGAAGGUGAUUGACAUCAAAGUGCGGGAAGGGGACCCCAUCGAGAAGGGGAAGCCCCUCUGCGUCCUGAGCGCCAUGAAGAUGGAGACGGUGGUCAACUCACCCUUGACGGGGACCAUCAAGAAGAUCUACGUCAAGCCAGAGAUGAGCUUGGAAGGGGACGACCUGAUCUUGGAGAUUGAAUAGCCAGCCCUCCCCUGCUCCAGAAGCAGAACAACUUGUCCCACGCACACGACCACCCACUGAAAACUGCUGUUUCCCCUCCCUCCGUUGUAACCCAAGCCCUUGCAACGAAGCCCCUCCUUCUGUAGAAACUCUUCACCUUCUCCCCACUAUCCCUUGCCAGGCCUGUAUUCUGAAUGCUUCAGAUGGGGGGGAAGCGCACAGAAAUAAAAGCAUGGCAGCAGGGAGGGAGGGAGCGAUCACGUGGGUCAGGGAGACACAGCAAGCGCCCGCUGGUUCCAACUUAGGAGGCAGACAAGGAAAAGCCCCCCUUUUUUUGAGGAGGGGGGAUUUCAGCUGCUGCCUCCUUUCAAGAAAGUGAUGGCAGUUUCAGCCCCCUCCACCAAAAGUGGAGCCUUGGAGAAAACAGACCUGAGUGGGGAAGGAGACCCCAUCUCCAUAGAUGCACAUGCGCCCUCUGCCCAGACCCCAUGGACCAAUUUAGCGGGGGGGGGCAGGGAGUUGUGCUAGGGAUGCCAUCAUUUCCUUACCACCUCCCUCUGCUGCUGCUGCUGCUGCCGCCUACUGCUGACUUCACUACAUGCUUCUCCCCAACCUCGGGGGGGGGGGGGAAUCUUCUGUAGGACAGAUUUCCUCCCUCAGAGCUCCACCCCACCCUCCACACCUCUUAGAAUGAACAUUUCAGGUCCAGUAUUGCCUUAUGGUUGGGAGGAGGGGAGCAGGGUUAGGACCCUCCCUUCCUCUUCCAUCACUCACUUCCUUAAUCACUCAUUACAAUUGCCAAAACAGAGACUGCUUCUCAAGCCAAAUUGCAGAGCAAUGGGGGUGGCAGAAACCUUUUUGGGGGGGGAUGGAGCAGUUCAACUCCCUCCCCCUACAUGUGAUGUACAAAGCAAUCCCAGUCACCAGAAUGACCUAGGCCAGCUGCCACCAACAUGGUAGCCCUCUGGUUUUUUUGGACUACAAAUCCCAUCAGCCUCAGCCAGCACGUACUGAUGGGAGUUGUAGUCCAAAAUGGCCGUGUUGGCCUCAGAUGGUGUGUUGUUUACAGGGUUGUUCACCAAGGGCUGGGAGGGAAACCAGGGUGAGGUCCCCUCUUCCUCCUCCUCCCGCCCAUGGGUGAGGGAACAAAACGGAAUAAUGGAGCGCAAAUCAUUUCGACUCCACACUGAGGAACUGGACUGAGCCAGCCAGCAUGUCGGCAUCUGAAGAAUCAUGGGAUUUUUUUAUGAGACCAGCAGGUGAAACGUGGGAUCCACAGAAAUUUCACUUGAAAGAAACGAAAUCUAUAUAUAAAUAUCUAUAUAAAUAUCUCUAUAUAAAAGCUCAUCAAGACAA